AUGUUAGAAAUAAUUAUUGAACAACCAAUUGGUUUCUCCAAUGUGUGUAUUUUCACCAGCAUCUCGCUCGUUUGUGCUGUUUUGGUGAUAUCUAGGAUCAAUGAAAAAGUUCACUCAGCCUUGGUGUUUGCUUGGGCAUGCUUCGUCAAGCCUAUCAUAACUAAGGUAACGAAAAAGCCCACUGAGCAACAACAGUCGUUAGAACUUUUCUAUAAAAACCAGGCACAUGUGUAUGAUAAGACUAGAGAAGUAUUGUUAAAAGGACGUAAAGAAUGCUUGAGGUUGGCCACCGCACAUCUCUCUAAGAAGAAAGAUCUUGUGUGGGUAGACAUUGGAGGGGGAACUGGCUCCAAUAUCGAGUACAUGGACCAGGUAAUGUCGAUCUCCAAGAAUUUCAAGGCUGUUUAUCUUGUUGAUUUAUCACCAUCGUUGUGCGAAGUUGCGAAAAAAAGGUUCGCUGAUAAGAGAUGGAGCAAUGUGCAUGUUCUAGUUGCAGAUGCUUGUGAUUUCGGUAUUGGGUAUGAAAAGGCCGAUUUGGUGACCUUCUCCUACUCAUUGUCUAUGAUUCCAACUUUCCAUGGUGCUGUUGAUCAUGCUGUCAAGUUAUUAGACAAAACAGGUGUUAUCGCCUGUGUAGACUUCGGUGUGCAAACCGAGGAGUCUUCGGUUGGUAGAGUGAAUACCUUAGGAGGUAUUGUUAAUAGAAACAUCCCAUGGGUCUUGAGGAACUUCUGGCGUAUUUGGUUUGAAGCCGAUAAGGUUUUUUUAGACCUGUCGAGAAGACAUUAUCUUGAGUACAAAUUUGGUACCAUCAAAUCCCUCAACUGCUACAAUAACAAAUUGGGACGUAUUCCGUAUUAUAUUUGGGUUGGCUGUGACAAAUCAAAAUCGUCAUCUUUAUUAAAUAGAAUCAAUUGUUUGGCAACUGAAUCCCCAUAUCUUGCUCCUUCUGAUGAUAAGAACAAAGAUAUCGAUAUUCCUAUAUCUAAGGGUCACGAGGCUGCCCUCAUGAAUUUCCAAAAAAAUUUGCCUUACCCAUCUAUCUACUACCAAAGAGAAAUCUGGAGAGUAUACUUCGAUGAAAUUAGAGAUCAAUAUUUACAGUUUAAAAAUCAAUAUGUGUAUGCAUUUACUUGGGAAGAUCCUCGUGAGGAUCAUAACAUCUUGAAGUUUACUUCAGAGGAUACCGUUUUGGCUAUCACUUCUGCUGGGGACAACAUCUUGUCCUACGCCACUUUGCCAAAUCCUCCAAAGAGAAUACAUGCCGUUGAUUUGAAUCCAUGUCAAAACCAUCUCUUAGAAUUGAAACUUGCCUCAUUUAGAGCCUUAUCGAAGAAUCAGAUAUGGUCUAUUUUUGGUGAAGGUAAAAUUAAAAACUUUAAGGAUUUAUUAGUUGACAAAUUGAGUCCCCAUGUCUCCUCCAACACUUUCCAAUAUUGGAUGGACAGGGGGGACAAGACAUUCAAUCCUAAAGGAAAGGGAUUGUAUGAUACAGGUUCCACCAGGUGGGCAUUAAGAUUGGCAAAAUGGGUGUUUAAGAUCUGCGGUAUUACCAAGUAUGUUGACAUGCUCUGUGAGUGUGACACAUUGGAAGAACAACAGAGGAUUUGGAAUGAAAACAUCAAGCCAACCUUAUUUAACCCAUUCGUCAGUUCCUUGCUUAUAGGUAACCCUAUAUUUUUAUGGAAGGCAUUGGGUGUUCCUGCUAACCAAGCUGCAAUGAUGGGCAAUUCUAUUUUAAAAUACGUCGUCGAUACCUUCGACCCAGUCAUUAAAAGAUCACUUAUAUCUGAAGAUAACUAUUUCUACUACUUGACAUUGAAAGGUAAGUAUACCCCCCAAAAUUGCCCUGAUUAUUUGACAGAAAAAGGUUAUAAAAGCCUAACCACUAUCAACAGAAAGUCUAAAGAGGCACCAAUUGACAAUAUAAGGUUACAUACAGACAUGCUUAACGAUGUUUUUGCUAGAUUGAGCAAGAAAUCGUUAUCCAUUGCAAUCAUUAUGGAUCAUAUGGACUGGUUCGAUCCAAACGGUGAAGAUGCUUUGAACGAAAUAACUGCUUUGAAAAGCUGUUUAAACACCAAUGGCAGAGUCUUAUUGAGAUCUGCUUCUACAAACCCAUGGUACAUUAAAACGUUCGAAGACCUCGGCUUCACCUGUAAGGCUGCUGGUAUUAGAGAUACCGGUAUUUCGAUUGACAGAAUCAACAUGUAUGCGUCAACCUGGGUUUGUACAAAGAUCGACGACCAAAUUCCAACUAACCGUCGUCGUAUGAGUAGUUUAAAAAUCUAG